CUGUUUAAUCAGGAAUAUGACAACUAAACAAUAUAUAUUUUGUGUCUAAUUUUUGCGAAAACGCGCGAAACCCGAGUAUGUAGUGGCUAAGUUAUGCGUAUUUUAAAUAAUGUUGAGGGUUUAUUGUUUAAAGAAUUGUUGAUGGAUUCUGAUAAUAUGUGUGCUGAUAAAGAUGGUUUUAUUCCUGAGACUAUAGAUUCAUCUAAGAAAUGUCAAGUAGAUGAUUGUAGUUCUUUUCAUUCGAAUUCAACCGAGUUGCCUAUGGAUUCAUGGAUAGGUGAAAGUGAUGUUCUAGCUCUAAAGUUUGAGCAUGACAACGUUAAUUCGGAUCUAGAAUCUGAACUCAAGAAAGCAGAAAUCGAACUUCUUGCAGAACUUGAGAAAGUUGAACUGGAAGAAAAGCAGAGGAAGGAAGAACAUGAAGCUAAGUACAAAAGUCUUCUUGAGGAAGUUGAAAGACUGAAACAAUCUGAUUUACAAAAAGAUGCAAAAAUAUCUGAGUUAACUGAACUGGCUAAAUCUUUAAAAAGAAAUUUGUGCUCAUUAUAUAAAACAGCAAAAUUUGAAAUUGAAAGAAAAGACAGUCUGCUGCAGGAGGCACAUAAACAGCUAGAUAGAGUUUUGAAUCAAAGUAGAAAAGUAAAUGUACAGGCUGAAAGAAAAUAUUCUCAUCCAUGUGAAGCUUCUAAUCUGAAAGAAAAGUCGUGUUCAAAAAAUUCAAGUAAUCAUAUAAAUAAAAGUGAAGCUUCUGUUACAGUAGAAAAUUCGUGUAACAGAAAUUCGUCUAGUAAUACAGAUAAAUUUGAAGGUAAUAAUCCCAAAAAAAAUCCAUGUCCAAAAAAUUCGACUAGUCAUAGUGAUAAAACCAACAAUAGAAAGUAUGGAAGCCAUCAAACGACAGUAUCUAUUGAAAGAGACUCAAGUUCAAGAAGUGAUUACAGAAAUCACACUAAGACUUCUACUUCAGAAGCAAAAUCAAGUCAUAGAGAUACAUAUAAUCAUAGAUCACAUCAUAGACACAAUUCAGAUUCAAGAAAGGAUACCAAACAUGAAAAUGCAGAGAAAAGGAAAGAUCAUCACCAUAAAAGCUCUACACAGCCAACUCACUCAGAUAAUAAUAUUUCUUCUCUUCAAGAUAAACAAAGAGACUCAAAAUGUGAUGAAAGAAAACUUCAUGGUGAGAAAGAUCAUUCCUCUAGUCAAAAUUCAAGACAUAAUCUUGGAAAACAGACUUUACAAAAAGAUAUUUCUAAGUCAGCUCAAGUGCAUAUAAAUGAAACGGCUCAGAAGACGACAAAAUGUAAAAUUCAGAGAAGUAGUACUGAAAAACUAGCAUCAGUAUGUGCUUCUAGAAAACGUUCCUCAUCACAGAAUCCAUCCUCUCAUCAAGAUUCUAGACAUAGUUCUGAAAAACAGACUUUUCAGAAGGAUAUGUCUGAACCAGCUCAAUCUCAUAUGAAUGAAAUUUCUGAGAAGAUAAUGUGUGAAACUAAAGGAAAAAGUUCUGAAAAAUUAACACUAGCAUGUACUUCUAGGAAAUGUUCUUCAUCAAGGAAUGCAUCUCCUGGUAGAGAUGCUAGACAUCAUUCUGAAAAGCAUACUUUUCAGAAGAAUAUAUCUGAAUCAGCUCAGGUUCUAAUGAAUGAAAUUUCUCUGAAGACAGCAGAAUCUAGUAUUGAAAUUCAGGAAAAAAGUUCUGAAAAACUAGAACUCGCAUGUACUUCUAGAAAACGCUCUUUAUCAAGAAAUGCAUCUGUACAAACCAAUGAACUGGAUGGUACUUCCAGAGACUUAACAGAAACCAACAGUUUAUUUUAUAAUAUUUUGCCUAAUACUCUGAAAGAUUCAUUUAAUGAAUAUGAACAAAAACAAAUAACUACUUUAAAUAAAUUAAAACAAUCAUUUGUAAACUAUUACAUCGAGAGUCAAGACAGAUCUAAAAGAUCACGGACUUCUUUUAAAUUUCCUUGCGAUUUUACUGCUGAUACUUUAGGAGUAUCUUCUUCAGAACAAUUCAGAAGUCCAUUCCCAGAAAUCGGAUAUAUGCCAAAAGCCGAUGAUAUUUUUCCAGACAAUAUUGGCAACCAAAUUGGGCAAACAAACGCUGUAGGUGAAUCAACAAAGACUAAGAUGAAAAUUGUAACAAAAAGUGAAAUUUUGGAAAAAUCGAAGGAAGAUAUACUUAAAUUAUAUCACUAUCAAAAUUCAAAAGUACCUUUUUUGGUCAAAAGAAAGUUUGGACUUUUAAAUAAUAGUAAGAAAAAUUAAAAGCAAGAAAUUGUUGAAGCAUUAUCCAUUAAAAAUGGGAUAUUUAUGUGUGUGUGUGUUUAUAUAUAUGUAUAUAUUUAUAGUCGACCAAAGUCGAAAGAAAAAAAAAGGCGAUAUUAAAUUUAUUUAUUUAUUCUUUAUUUAUUAUCAUCACUUGUUGCAAGAAAAUGAACUUUUGUGACAUUUUGAAUAGUACAAUAUUUUCUUAUUUCUGCAUUUGCAGUGAUUUGUUGCACACUAUGUAUCAUUGUCAACUGUAGCCUUGAUUGUCUAUUAAUGAUUAGGAAGAUGUGAUGGUUCGUAGGGAUUUUUCUUCACCAUCUACGGAUUCCUGUGUGGGCAGUUUCUCAUGCAGAAUAGAGAACUUGCUUCUGAAAUAACAUGUAGAAUGCUUCUCGAAAUUCAUGACAAAUGCAAGAAUGUUUCUUGGAUCAUCCUGAUCACUGUCAACAUCCGGUGUAUGAAUACAUACAUUAUCUCCAACUUUUACUAGUCUUGUGAAUUUUUAAACAUUGUAAAGUUUGAGUGUAACUGAUACUGUAUAUAUGUAAGGAAUGCAAGUAUUCAGAAGAAGCACAUGUGUCAGAUAAGAAGGAUGACCUCUCAUGAAAAGCAGCAGAAGAAUGUCGUCAUUGUCAUCACAAUGUGAAUCUUUUUUGUUACCACAGACAUAUCACUAUCAAAUCGGAAGUGAUACAAGUGCCGUGUAAUGAACCAUUUUAAAUCAGCAUAUCAAAUUUUGGCCAGUUUGUGAAAUGGCUAACUAAAGUCUAAAAAAAUAACUAAGUCAUUUCCAAUAAUUAGAAUAACUGGUCAUACUUUGAGCUUUGACCAUAACAUAUAUGUAUAUAUAAAAUUUUCUUGUAAUAAUGAAACCUAAUUAAUGAAUUAUAUGUAAUUAAAGAAAAUUGUCUUAUGAGUAUGAAAACUAAUAAAAUAUAAUAAUUUAAUAAUUGUGUGCAUUCAGAUUUUGCUAUAAUUUUAUGUGAUAUGUAUGUAGACCAACUGAAACAUU